AUGUUGGCUCUCCUUGCAACUGUACUAUUUGUACCGUGUAUGCACGCGUUACUACACCAUCUCGCACGCUCGAAGCAACACCUCUUCAGCAGUCGUCCGCAGGAUGGAACGCUGACCCGCCACUCGAUUGCGCCUUCAUACGAACUCAUCAGCGAAGGCACCAUGGAGAUACCCUCAUCAUGCAACACUACGAACUUCCUGUCCCUGAAGCUAGGAUCUUCAGUGCACAACACGGCUAUAUGGGGCACUGCUAGCACAGGAACUUGCAGUAUCGUCUUUGGAGUGUCGCCAGAUGGUUAUGAUACCAUAAACUCCCAGGAGAUCGCCGGGGACGUGCACUCUAUCGCAUGGGCUCCCGACGGGCGUAACUUGCAUGCAUUGGACUCGCAUUCUUCCGGGAAUCUCUUGACAUCAAUCACCAACUUCCGCAUGUCCGGAGAUUCGAAUUUGCAGGACGUGGUCGGUGUCGAUGUCCUCGGUAACGUCACAAGCGCUUCACAAAUCGUCGCCCAUCCUAGCGAAUCCUUAAUGUAUAUCGUCACCAAGGACUCAAACGAGCUAGUCGUUGUGUCAUUGGUAGGUGACACUAUUGUGAGCAAUUCUACUUCGGUUUUGCGAUAUAGAAUGCUUCCUAUUUCUUUGGAUACGACACAAUUUCAUUCGUCAUCACUGACUAUUUCUGCGUCUCGAAAUACGUUGUGGACACUUUCGCAGUCAUCGCGUCAAGCAGUUAUCACAGCCUUCACUCUCAAUACCACAACAGGCGAGGUGGUAGAUGUCGCUGCACGAGCGAGUUGGCAGGGGUUUGGCGAAGGUCAGCUUACGGCCGCGCCUUUCGACGGUGACGAUGUGGUCGCUGUCGCAAACUCUCCAGCGGGAUAUAUCACUAUACUCGGUCUCGAUCAGUCUACGCUACGAAGCGCACAUACAGACGAGGGUCUUGAUGUUCAUGACUAUCUACAUCCUAUAGCCUUUGAUGAAAGCAGGCCUGACGAGAAAAAAAUGGCUGCACUGAAAAUCAAGAGCUAUGGCCGGGUUUUGGUCGACGAUUACGUUAACUUAGGGGACUGCAUCUGGAUCGACUGAAGACAUCUGCAUUUCUUGCGCGUAAGUGCAGGCAAUGUAUUGUUCUCAGUGGGUCUUUGAUAGCCCCCGCUCGACAAAGCCACUACCGUUCAUCAGUUCCACACUCGCAUCUCUAGUUAAACGCAUCGUUUGUUUGAUAGGCGGGUCAGGUCAAAAAACUUUGAUGCAGCAAUACGAUGUGUUUCCUCUAGUCGAAAGGGUUCUACAUAUCUAUACAAUCCAUAUUCAGAAGUUUCAAGACUAUCUUAUAUGCCGUAUAUGUAUGUUGUAGCACUAUAGAAUACAACUAAUGAUGGCAGUCUGAAGCGCCGCCGCAAGGCCGAGACCGCAGCUACUCGCCGAGUACGCUGCUCGGCGAUCUUGACCAUACCAUGAGGUUGUGAAAAGCGUAGUG